UCCCGUAGUCGACGGAAACAUUCCAUCGUCGCGCUCCGCGAGGUUUCUCACUUGGUGUUGUCUCAUUUUCCCAGCUUUUUGGCAUCAUCUUCAUUAUCCUGUCGCUUGACUACUUUAUUUAAGGAUGGUGACGUCGGAGCAGCACCUCGUCGGCUUCUCAGAAGCAAUGGAUUGGCGUUCGAUGGACUUCGUAGAUCUCAACCCAUUGAGAGCGUGCUCUUUGUGCAGGGUGGUUCCAAAAGUGACGUUUGUUCUGGAAUGUUCUCACGCGCUCUGUGAACUGUGCUAUGAGGAUGUCCUUCGGGGUAAGCGACAGUGUCCUUUAGACGGGCAAGAUUUCGAAGAUGUUAAUACGUGCAAGUUGAUCCUAACGCCUGUGCAACUAGGAAACCAAAAGGCGCGGUGUUGCAACGUCAGGGAAGGAUGUGAUUUCGUUGGAACUGUCGAAGAAGUGAAGCAGCACUUUUUCAAUCAAUGUACGUUUCAUGCGGUCACCUGCAGUCGAUGCCAAAUGAAAGUGCUCCGAAAAGAGCUCGUAAAUCACUACGUACAACAGUGUGAGCCACCGGCAAUUCCAACUGUGUGCUCACUGACAGAUGUUAUGGACGCUGCAAUGGAGAUGGGAAGAAAGAUAGACGACUCAUUGGCAACUGUGAUAGACCGACUCGCCGCCGUGGAGGAUCAGCUCCACAGCCAUGGAAUGACAAUAGUAAAUGCCAAAGACACUUUAGUGUCGAAUGGUGACCUGUUGAAGCAGUAUGUAGAACGACAAGAACGCGCUGGAGAUCAUGACGUCUUCGAAAGCGAUAGGCUACAUGCCAUGAUGGAGCACAUCGAAGAACUGACAAAGUUUUUGCGUCCAAUAAAAGAUGCUUUGUCAGAUCUUAUUUCCCAGAACGCUGUAACGCCAGUAGAAGAAAUUGAUACCGUAUCUGACAACGACCAUGUAGGUGAAGCCACUGACAACUCACCUACUCAAACAGCGAACGGCCCUGAUAACGAUACGAUCACGACGAAGGAGGUGUUCAAAGCUGCGCUCGCUGCUUGUAAGCACGUGUGUCUUCAAAGUGAAAUGUUGGGUGAACUGCUGCGCUUGAACCGUUUGAAAAACUGUGUCGGCUGUUUUCACAUUGGUGCGUCGAGACUGCCCCUCGUGACACGAAUCACACCUGCGCAUCGGGGCUGCAUGCAGUUGACCUCCGUGGUACCGCCUGUGGGGGCUCCAGUCUGCCUUUCGUCACAGUUGCAGGAGGUCGCACUUAGCACACUAUAGCUAUGCUUUCGCCGAAAGUCUUCAUUACAGCAAUGACAUUAUGGUGUUUUCUAAAGAUUGCUUGCACCGUCGAGACGACGGAGGAUUUACCGGAGUGCGAAAGGGACAUCGAUUGCGCAGGGGACCUUUGCUGUUAUGCGCCUGUCACGGAACCUGGCACGUGUCAACUUAGGCCUAAGGAAGGUGACCCAUGCACAGUGGCACAAAAUUUAUAUGGUGACGUUCUUUGCCAGUGUAUCGAAGGUGAAUGCACUUUCGAGAAAAAUCAUCUCGUCGGAGUGUGUAAGAAGUUGGAAGCAGACGUCCCGCAAUAAGAGUGGUCGCAGUCCAAGAGCACGGGUCCUCUUCUGCCACCGCCUCUGCAGGUGCCUCAUCUUCCUAUGCGUUGACCAUAUAUUCAAGAAUAAUUGUACACUUCCUGUUGCUUAUUCUCCUGGAUCGUUAUGUCAUAUGGGAUAA